CAGAACGAUCUUCAUCCCUCCAUCGGCCUGGCCGCAUGGCACUUCUCUUCGGAUUCGAACUUUAGACAACUUUCGGGCUUCAGUUAGUCGUCAAGCGCGUUCGUCGUUCAACAGAAGGAUCGCAGUAGCAACACACGAAGUCCGCGCAUUUCACUUCGUUCCACGAUAUCGAAGACCGCGUAUCGUUCAACGAGAUUCUUUGAGGCGAGUAUUCAUUUAUUUUGUCAUCAAUCCAGAACAAUAAGAGAGAGUCAGUAUCGGUGAACAAAAGAGGGCGAAACAGGAUGGUUUAGCGGAUGGGAAGGGAUCAUCUAUUUAUUUUCUUCGCUGUAGUGUGGGACUUUUGACUCUGACCGGGGAAGAAGGAAAAAAGUUCGUCACGAUGAAAGACUAUUGUCGUACUAAUGACACGAAAAACGUAACGCAACUUUAACGAUCAAGCGAUGGCUUCAGAAACGGAGGCGAGAAUGAACAACCCCGUGCGCCUCGCGUCCAACAAAAAAAAGUGCCCCAAGUCCGAAGACUGUUCGAAACUCGAAAUCGAUAGCGACACGAGACCAAGUUUUCAUUAUCGUUCGACCAGUUACAAUUUGUUUGUGUGUGUAUUGUGUGUUGUGUGCGUUACCGCUAGUGUCUACAGUGUUUGGAGGGAAGCAACCCUCGAGAGCCGGCUGGACGUGCUCGAGGCAAGAUUGGCUUCUCUCGAGAGGCGGUCGCCCUUCGAAAAUGCCGAAGUUGUACUCGAAAGGUUUCGACGAGAAGUAGAAGACCGCUUGCGACAACGGGUCCACAGGGGGAUUGUUUCCAAUCGCGGCACAGAAGCCGCAGACACCCUCAGGAGAGCAACGAGGGAUGCCCCUGAGUGCGUUUGCCCACCAGGACCACCGGGAGCGCCAGGUCCUGCGGGUCCUCCUGGAAAACGAGGAAGAAAAGGAAAAAAAGGCGAUCCUGGAGAAACAGGUCCAGCAGGACCUGCGGGUAUUCGCGGAUUUCCAGGAAUGCCGGGUCCCAUUGGUCUUGAAGGCCCUAAGGGAGAUAUGGGACUUCAGGGACCUAAAGGACAAAAAGGUGAUUCUGGAGAUGGUGGAUUUGACGUAUUUGCGACGGUAAAGCAGACAGGAAGGGGUCUUAAAAGAUCCGUUACAACACUCCGAGGAGGUACCCUUGGAUAUGCUGAAAUCGUAGCCGUGAAGGGACUGCAGGAUAAGGGCAUCAAUAUAACGGCUGAUACCGUCAUCAAACUCAAAGGAGAACCUGGAGAACCUGGACCACCGGGUCCCCCGGGUCCGCCUGGCCUCGAUGGUCCUCCAGGAAAAGAAGGUAGUCAGGGAAUACCAGGCGAGCCAGGUCCAGCGGGAGAAAGAGGAGAUGCAGGACCCAUGGGGCCUAUGGGUCCACCCGGAAUUGAUGGAAUGAUUGGACCAAAGGGUGAGAGAGGAGAAAGAGGGAUAAAAGGAGCAUUUGGACCCCCAGGAUAUCCAGGACUACCAGGACAUAUGGGUCUACCUGGCAUUCCCGGUAAAAAUGGAACCAAAGGUGACACAGGCAUGCAAGGUCCAAAAGGCGAUAAGGGCGAAAAAGGCGAACGAGGAUUGACGACUACUCUAAAGGGUGACCAAUUUCCAACUGGUAUCAUUGAGGGACCACCUGGACCUCCAGGUCCACCAGGUGAAAAAGGAGAAGCUGGGCCCAUGGGACCUGUUGGACCACCUGGUGAAAAGGGUGCCAGAGGACGGAGAGGCAAACGGGGUCUGAAUGCUGAGGAAUUGUCUCGCGGUCCUCCAGGCUUCCCUGGUCCUAAAGGUGAUUCAGGAGUUCCGGGGACCAAAGGUGAAAAGGGAGAUCGAGGAAUUGAUGGUCUCCAAGGUCCAAAAGGUGAUAAAGGAGAAUUUGGUCCCGUUGGAUUACAAGGAAUAGCAGGAGAACCAGGUUUGCAGGGACCACCUGGAUUACCAGGAUUGUAUGGACCUAAAGGGGAGAAAGGAGAAUACGGAGACAUCGGUCCUCCAGGUCUGAUGGGACCCCCAGGACUUCCAGGGCCUCCAGGUUAUCCUGGAAUGAAGGGUGAGAAGGGGGAAAAGGGAGAAUCGAAAUACAAGAAGCUAAGAAGGCGACAGUUCCAGGGCGACGGUACUGGUGAGAUCACGGCUGGCGGAGAAGUGAUGGUUAUGGGACCGCCAGGACCUCCUGGAAUUCCAGGACUACCUGGACUACAAGGACCUCCAGGUAUUAAAGGAGAAAAGGGAGUUGAUGGAAUGAAAGGCGAACCUGGUGAAAAGGGUGCCAAAGGAGAUCCUGGGCCGAUGGGGUUACCUGGUCCCAUGGGAAUAAGAGGGGAAACUGGGCGACCAGGUGACCACGGGAAAGUAGGGCCCACGGGCCCACCUGGACUUGACGGAAUGAAAGGAGCCCAAGGUGAACCAGGUACCAAAGGAGAACGUGGGGAUCCUGGAUUACCUGGAACCGAUGGAAUCCCAGGCCAAGAGGGUCCAAAGGGAGAUAAAGGACUAAAAGGGGAACCGGGUCCAACAGGAAGACGAGGAAGGAAAGGUGAUAAAGGAGAUAAAGGUGACCAAGGUGUUCCUGGAUUAGAUGCUCCAUGUCCAAUUGGACAAGAUGGUCUCCCAUUAAAUGGAUGUGGAAGCUAUAGAUCUACUGUGGUCCCAGUAGUACCAGUACAAACUCCUUUACCCCCAACUAACUCAGAAUUGGAAGAAGAUUACCAGGUUGAAGAAGAUCCUGAAGAAGAUUAUGAUGAUACUGAAGAUGGGUAUGAUUACUCUGAGCAGACGAAUUCUGCCGUUCCAAUAUCUCCAGAAGGCAUAUAACAUUUAAUCUUUUUGGUGGUGGUUCUAGUACAUAAACUCGCCUUCACUAACUAAGAAAUGGAACAACCGGAAUAUCCUCCACUUCCUUAGUGUUCAAUACUUCUUAAGUACAGGGAGAACUUCUAUAAAGUGAAGUGAUACCGACAAACUGUUAAAAUUAAAUUAUUGUAAAGCAUAAUAAUAAUAGUCGAACUUAAAACAUAAAUGCAGACUCAGGUUUAAAAUUUAAACGUGCUACAAAAAUUGUUCUGAAAAACAGACCAUAGUUAUUGUUGUUGACGUUACGUAAACGAGUUCAUUAAUAUGUAAAGUAUUACGUACCAAACAAAAAAUGUUUGUAUGUAUAUAAUUCGUAAAGUAUUUAAAAGUAAUGUUUGCCAUAAAGUAUGAUAAAGUUACAAAUCUCUAUUCUUUUUUUGAAAACAAGAACGGAAAACAUCUCCCUAGAAUACUCUUAAGAUCCUUAACUAUUAAAACUAAUUUUAUGGCAAACAUUUUCUUAUAAAAGUUCUUUCUAUUUCAUUGUGGUGUAUACUCCUUCACAGUUUUGUUUGAAUGAAAUUUAUUAUUUUCUUAACAAUCUCAUGCUAAAAUGGUUUACAUAUUAAUACUAAUUAAAUAAAAUUUUGGCUGUUAUAAUGUUUAAAGUGAAAUUGAAUUUAUUUCUAUAUCGGUUUUCAUAUGACUCACACCUUUAUGCUGUUGAUUAUUUUAUAUACAAAAUAAAAAAACAAAUUCUUGAGAUAGGAAGAACCUUUAUCCUUACAGGAUAAAUAGGUAUUAUAAAAAAAAUUGUUGUUUUUUAUAAAGGAUUUUUUUUUAUUAAUCUAUACUGUAUAAAAUGUACUUUCAAACGACAAAUAAACAUCCAUACUGUUUUACUUCCAUUGCCAAUAAGAUCAAAGUUUUCCUUAAGCCUAAGCCUUGCAGUAAUUGAUUGAGGGAAGCCUCAUGGAUCAAUUGUCAAUUGUUUCUUUCGACGAAUGAUUUUUAUUGAAAAUAGCAGGUACAUUAAUAAAGAAUAUGCCAUUUAAAAGAAUGU